GUACACGGACCAGAAUUCGACAUACGUCGGACAAUUCUCACAAUAUUUCGUGACAGAGUGCUCAGCAAAGUCCUACGCGAUGUCCAAGAACGGGUACCUAUCCUGGAACCGAUGUUGUACACAGUAAUCCUCGAAACGGAUAGCCUUAGCGAGGAGACCCGACAAUUCGCCAACUUGGCGGGCCGGAUAAUGGGCGCAAAAAACAAAUCCCCCGUGGUGGUGGUCUCCCGGAUACGUUCCAAAACAUUGCCCGACAAAUCGACCACACCAAAGAAAGUCACGUGGAGCGAUAUGAGGAAAUCGGCCACGUUCAGUGUA